GCCAUCUUUAGUAGCAUGGUAGUGAAUUAAGUUUUGCAAAGUUUAAGCUUCUCAAAAUGAGUGAUGCAGGCUUUUUUCGGGUAAUGUUGAUUAUUACAUACAGUCCCAUAACGAUAAUUAGCUUAUCGUGAUUAUAAUAGAAGUGCAAAGAGUAAUUUUUUUUACAAGAAGUAGGGAGUAGGUGCGCAGCUUGUCGAUGUGACUUUGACCACCCAUCGAGAUUUUGAAAAGUAGAAGACUACUUUUGGAAAUUUACGGUAACUGAAAGUGAUCGGGAGUGGGGGAGAAGUUAUAAAAACAUUUCUGAGUGGACUGCGUGCAGCAGCUGUAUUGUUUUUAGGAUCGCCGUUUAGUACGGAAGUAGCUAUUUUUUGAAGGGUACAUAACUUCAUUUGUAGGAAAGAGAAGAAUACAUCACAAGGUCUAACCAUGAUGUAUACUGGUACGUCCGCGGAGCAGGAUAACCGCUUUAGUGAUAAAGAGAAGAAACUUCUCAAACAGAUGAAGUUUGGUGAUAGCUUGAGUCGGAAGGUUGAUAUGUCCAAAGUAAAGCUGGAAGUAAUAAAACCCUGGAUAGCUCAGAAGAUAACAAGUCUCCUAGGAAUAGAAGAUGAUGUUGUUGUGGAAUUUGUUUUCAACCAGUUGGAGCUAAAGCAUCCAGAUCCCAAGAAAAUCCAGAUCAACCUAACGGGCUUCCUUAAUGGAAAGAAUGCAAGAAUAUUCAUGUCGGAGUUGUGGGAGCUAUUGCUGUCAGCACAAGAUUCAGUUAGUGGGAUCCCUGUGCAGUUUCUUGAGCAGAAGAAGGAAGAGAUAAAAAAGAGAAUGGAGGAACAAGACAGACUUCAGGAGGCAAUGAAGACUAAACUUGAAAAGGGUAAGGAGCGAGACAGCAGUAAAGAUCGCAAACGGAGCAGAGACCGUGAAAGGGAGAGAGACAGGAAACGGAGCAGAUCAAGAGAGAGGCACAGAGACCGUGACAGAGAAAAGGAGAAGAAAGAGCGUGACAAGAACAGGGAAAGGGAAGAGAAGGAGAGGGAGAAAGAGAAGGAAAGAGAAAAAGAACGUGAAAAGGAACGAGAACGUGAAAGGGAAAGAGAGAAGGAGAAAGAGAAAGAGAAGGAGAGGGAGCGAGAGAGAGAACGUGAAAAGGAGAGGGAAAGAGAGAAAGAAAGAGAACGAGAAAAAGAAAAGGAACGUGAGAAGGAGCGAGAAAGGGAAAAAAGGCGGAAUGAAAACAACCACCAUUCAUCUUCUGGAUCAGAAUCACCACCACUAUCAAAGAUUUCAAAUUCCCACAGUGGAAAUGGUCAUACUAAAAGGGAACCUUCAUCCUCUCCAGAACCACCUCCACCAGGAGAGGAACCAAACAUUGAGCUUCCAAAAAUGCCAGUGUCAAGCCUGCAGGCGAAGCUGAUGAGCCUUGCGGGUGGACCCCGGCCGAAGACAAGAUCCAGAUCAGCCUCUAGAUCGAGGUCACGCUCACAUACCAGCUCACCAUCCAGAUCACGAUCGCACUCCAGCCAUUCGCGGUCGAAGUCAAGGUCACGUUCAGUGGACAACAGCAGCAAAAGGCUGCCACCACAGAAGUCAGAAUCUCGGUCUCGGUCACGAUCGCGAUCCCGUUCCCGCUCACGCUCACGUGGCAGUUCAUCGGCCUCUGACAGAGGUGGUGAUUUUGGUGAAGGAUCUGAUGGUCGUGCAUCUCGUUCCCCUAGCAAACAUUCUAGAAGUUCAGUUUCAAGUCGUAGCUUGUCUUCAUCUUCGGACCAGUCAGACAAAAAUGCAGGGGGCAAAGAAGAGGACUUCGAAAUACAUAAAAAGGAGGACAGCAUUCAGAAGAAGAGGCACUACCGAAGUAACAACAAAGAUGCGUCAUCAGGCAGCGAAUCUGAUGCAGAAAAACCUAGUCGCAAGGAAAGGAAAGUUAGGUCUCUCUCGCGUUCUCCCACCAGACGACCACGCCAUGGUGAGACUCGGGAGGUACAUCGAGAAAGAGAACGUGAAAGAGAGAGGGAUCAUCGUGAUAGAGACAGAGAGAGGGAGAGAGAUGCUGAAAGGAGGCAUUACCAGCGCUCUAUGGAGCGCAUGUCUGCAGUGGAGAGAGAUAGGGAAAGGGAACGUGACAGGGAACGUGAGCGGGAACGAGAACGAGAAAGAGAACGGGAGAGGAGAAGAGAGAGGGACAAAGAGAGAGAAAGGCACCGUAUGCCACCACCUGUUGCACAUCGUCCUCCAUCCAGGAGGAGGAGCCCAAGGAGAAGUCCUCCUAGGAAUAGUCGCAGUGGUAGCAGACGAUCACCAUCUCCGCAUCGCUCUAGAUCACCGCUGAGAAGCAACCACAGUUCCAUUGACAGACUGGAAAGGCGACGAUCAUCUCCUGUGCCUAUUAAGGAAGAAAGAAGGAAAAAACCAAUCCCUGUAUAUUCUAAGUCACGAAGUAUAUCUCCUGCAGCACGUAAGAGGAAGCAUUCACGCAGCUUGUCAAGAACUCCAUCGCCUUUUAGGAAGGUGUCCAGCAGAGAUCAUGAAGUCAGCCCGGAGAGGAAAUCAAAAAACAAACCUAGAAGGACAUGGGAGGUGCUGAUGGUCGGCCCUGCUGGUUAUAGGUUUUCUCCAAAUGCUGCCUCUGAUCAUCCUGUACAAGAAAGAAUCUGUUCGCCAGAGGUUCGUCGUGAGAAGAAACGAUCUGCCCCUCCAAGGCAUUCUUCACCACCACCACCAGAGGAUGACGAUGAUGAUGAUGACGAUAGGGAAGAGAUAGAUGAAGAGGAAGAUGAAAGGCAGCAGGAAGAGGAAUCACCACCUCGUAGACGCAGCAAUGAGCACAAGACUGUGAGGAAACGGUCCGAGUCACCUAUUGCUUCUAAAGUAAAGAAACAUGAAGAAAAGAAGCAUAAUGUUUCUCAGAGUUCAGAGUCUCCAUCUCCAAAAAGAAAUAAAUCGGAAUCACAAGAGAAACGUGUUAAAAAGCAAGAGACAUCUGGAUCAGAGGACUCUGCUGAAGAGAGAGAGAAAGUGUCAAAAAAGAAAAGGCUUGUUUCAACUUCAGAGGAAGAAAUAAAGAUAAAGAAAAAGAAAAAGAAGAAACAGAAAGAAUCUAGUAGUGAGUCUGAUAUGAAUAGUGACAUUGAAGUGGAGGGGAAGAAGAAGAAGAAAGACAAGAAGCACAAAAAGCACAAGAAACACAAAAAACACAAGAAGCACAAGAAACGCAAGAUGGAGGAAAGCGAUGCCGACAGUGACUCAAGUGUUGCAGAAAACACAGAGGAACUUGAAAGACGUUUGAGAGAACGUGCAUUAAAAUCAAUGAAGAGAAGUGAGGACGACAAUAGCAAGUGAAAUGCUGAUGACUGACUGCAUAUGUGCAGCUGUUUAGAAGACGACGUUCCUUAUUAGUUGAUUCAAGCUACAUGUUCAGACUGACAGAUGUAUAGCAUUCUUCAUUUUCCCCCCCACACGAGCUCGCUGGUCAGUGUGAAUGUAGCAAAUGUGUUCAGUGCAUCGUGAACUUGGAAAAGUGUUGGAAUGUGAUGUAAUCGUUGUGGUCCAAUGUAACAUUUUUUUCACAAACUGUGCCACAGAAGAAACAUUUUAAUGUAUAGUAAGGUCUCAUUUUGUAAUUGUUAGAAAUGUGUGCUCAUUAAAGGUGACUGAGUACUGUUGAAAAUGUAUGAUGAUUUUUCACAUAAAUAUUUAAAGAGAAAAAUAAACUUGAUGUUCUUUU